CUUUGCGUUUGGACGUAUCUGAAAAGAAACUCGGAACGUGGCAAUCUAAAUACUUUGGCUAUACAUACAUCUAUGUGUAUAUGUGCACUACAGUUAACUUGACAAUUUGACAAAACGUUUGUGCUCAACAACGGAAGAGUUCUUCUAAUAAAGCAGAAAAAAUAGAUAUAUUUUGAAAUUAUCGUAAGAAAUACCUAACAAGUGCGACGUAGGCUGCUGAAAAGCGGCAAGUGUGCUCAAGCGAAAUUUCAAAUACUGCCAAAAUUUAAGUGAAAACAAAUUGCGAAGUGCAAAACAUUGCUAAAAAAACACAAAAGCCCUUAAGCAAUAAUUGAAAGAAAUAUCAACACUCUCAAAAAAUAAUAUUUAUAAAUACUGUGCCAGCUAUAAAGACUAAAUUGUGCUAACACUGCUAAGGUUUUGAAUUACUUCGAAACUAAAGGCUUCGCAAAUUAAAAUUAAAAAUAAUUGGAUUACCCGCCGCGUCAACAGAUCUGCCAGCUACGCGCGCAGCAACUCCAUUUUCCCACUGGAUUUACCAUUUUUGUGGAUUAGCUGUAUCAUUUAACUGCGUUACCCACGCUUUCUACACAACCUUUGGAUUUACGUAAAAUGGUUGUUUUAGAAGGUGGCGGCGGUGUUGUUACUAUUGGAAAUAACCAAUACUUGCAACCGGAUUAUUUGUCACCAAUACCCACAACGAUGGAUGCCAAAAAGAGUCCACUCGCCCUAUUGGCACAGACUUGCUCACAAAUUGGCGCCGAUUCCUCGGCCGUCAAACCGCUACUCGCUAUGGAUAAAUCAAAGAAAUCCACAUCUUCGUCUUCAUCAUCCACCUCAUCGAAUGCCAGCUCGGAUUUGAGCGCUUCCAAAUCGCCGACUCAGGCCAAAUCACCCAAAUCCACAACGCCCACCACCACCGAGGUGAAAUUGGCUUUCAAACCGUACGAAACCAAUGUUCUCAGCGCUCAAAACCACAACACAUUCAAGUCAUCGUCAUCGAUUGCGGACGAGCAACGACCCAGCUCAAAAUGCUCGUCGAGCGGGGCCGAUAAUAUGACACGCGCACCGUCACGCAGCAAGUCCAAUUGCACACCGGAAUCGCACACAAUCAAAACGGAAAAUGGUCAUGGUGCCACACCAACACCCAGCGACAACAAUCGCAAAACCGUAUCACCCGCCGGCUCGUCACAGCGCGGUGCCAGCCCCAUUGUGCGCUCCGGCAUGGAAGUACUCAAUAAUGCCAACGGCUCGGCCACACACCCAAAGGAGAUGAGCAGCAUGGCUGCCGCAGCCGCCGCUGCUGCUGCCGCUUACAAGGCAGCCAGUCCAUAUGGCAUUAAUCCACUUUCCGCACUAUGUUGCCCACCCGGCAUGGAACAACACGCCAAUCCUGCUUUCCGUCCACCAUUCGCCGGCGGCUUUUCGCAUCACCAUGCAGCCAUGAUAGCCGCUGCUGCAGCAAGUGGUGGCUAUCCAGGCGGUCCCAAUGGUCCUGGCUCGCAACCAAAUCCCUACAUCAGCUACCAACGCAUCAAGACACCAUCAGGCGGUGAAGCCAUAGUGCCUGUUUGCAAGGACCCAUACUGUCCCGGCUGUCCUUACUCGGCACACACGCAACAAAUGCUCAUGGGUGCCCCCUGUCCGGCUGGUUGCACGCAAUGUGAACACCAAAAAUACGGCAUGGCAAUGAUGGGUGGCGCCGCUGGUCUCCCACCGAGUCAUCCUUACUCACAAGCCGCCGCCGCUGCUGCCGCCAGUGCUGCUGCUGCACGCUCUGCGCCUUAUGUAUGCAGCUGGGUAGUAGGUGACGCAUACUGCGGCAAACGUUUCCAAACCUCCGACGAACUCUUCUCCCAUCUGCGCACACACACUGGCAAUCUCUCCGAUCCAGCUGCAGCCGCCGCCGCUUUGGCACAGUCACAGGCACAAUCAUUGCUGGGAACACUCUUUCCGCCGUCGGCUUUGCGUGCUGGCUACCCAACGCCACCAUUGAGCCCAAUGAGUGCUGCUGCUGCGGCGCGUUAUCAUCCUUACGCAAAGCCUGGUGGCAUACCAACAAGUGCGCUAACAGCGCCAUCCGCUUUUGGCAUGACUGGCUUCAAUCCAGCAGCAGCAGCUGCUGCUGCGGCACUCGGGCCCUAUUAUUCACCUUACGCCAUGUAUGGCCAGCGUAUUGGCUCAGCAGCAGUACACCAGUAAGCGAGCGCUGCAGUGGAGCGAUAAAAUGCUCAAGAGACGAGCAAUCAGACGACAGCAAGGCUAGUCAAGGAGAACGAAAGGCUAACCGAGUGAUCUUUUGGGAGUGCGCGUGCGCGUCUAUGGCGACUGCAAGGCCAACAAAAAGGAGGCGGCAGCACACAGGAGGCCGCGCGCUCAGUUACAAUUUGCAUACCAAAAAUGAGGACAGGAAGGGAGAGUAAAGAUCAGAAAAUGGAGGUUGAAAUUGAGGAAAAAAACGUUAAAAAUGAUUAAAACAAAAUUGCGUUUCAUAAAAGUAUAAAGAGUAUAAGGCAAAAAAUUAAAAUUUGAGAAUGCGCUAUUGUUGCGAUCUUUUUACACUGUGAUACUAAAAUGUAGUUGGAUGCUAGGCUUAUUAGGUUUUAACUGAUACAAAUACCAUAUGACUUACAAGCGUCUAGAAAAUGUGAACAAAAGCGAAAAAGUAAUUGAACUUUUUAGUUGUACGUAAAAUGCAGCCAAAGCAUUUUUUCAAUAACCAUUAAACCUUAAUCAAAUAAAAACAACAACAAUAAUUAGGUUUUUGUUACUAUUAAUUUAAUAUAAUAUAUUGUAUUUGUAUGUACGUACGUUCUUUUGCCUUCAAUUAUAUAAUUUUAAGCGUGAAAAUGGUGAAGUUUGUUUUUGUUUCGCGCAGAAAAGCCGUCUAAAGGCCUUUCAUUUCUAAUUGUAAUUUUUAUGUUAUAAUGGCUUUUUAAAAAUUUGAUUUAGCUAAGUAAUGAAUGUUUAACCAUACAUGAGGAGGAUAAGGAAAACGAAAUAUUUGCAGACAAAGCAUGUUUAACUACAUAUUAAGCGCUUGUAUGUGUUUAUAUACUUGAACAAAAUUUCUGUAAAAAAUCAUACAAUACAAAAGUCAAAAACUUCAACUACAAACUUGAUGGAAUAAUUAGUUUUCAUUUUAAAAUUAAAUGAAAAUAAAUAAAAAUACAUAAUAAAAAAUAAA